AUGUCGGAGGAGAAGCCCAAGGAGGGCGUGAAGACAGAGAACGACAAAAUUAACGACCACGUCAACCUGAAGGUGGCCGAGCAGGAUGGCUCCGUGGUGCAGUUCAAGAUCAAGAGGCACACACCACUGAGCAAGCUGAUGAAGGCCUGCUGCAAGAGGCAGGGCUUGUCAGUGAGACAGAUUAGAUUCAGGUUUGACCGGCAGUUAAUUAAUGAAACCGACACUACAGCACAGCUGGAGAUGGAGGACGAGGACACUAUCGAUGUCUUCCAGCAGCAGACAGGAGGUGCGCCGGAGAGCAGCCUGGCAGGGCAUGGUUUCUAG